AUGGUCCGCCAGUAUCCUCCAGUCACUAUAGAGACCGCUGAUCCUCCUCCCAUCUGUCUCCUAUGCGGCGUCAGGAUUUUCGGUCCUGAUGCCCCUGGCAUCACAGACUCACUCCACCCCGGCGUCGUCUUUCGGGAAGAGCGCUGGAAGAUGUACAAGAACACCAAGAUGGAACAUGUGGUGGUUCCCUCGCACGAGGUUGAGCAGGCGCAUUUCCCCAAGUUUCCACGGCUAUGGGCGGGGGCCUUUAGAGGGCUGAUAAAGAACAAAACCAAAUACACCCUGACUGGCAUCAGCAUUAUACGGCCCUCGAUAUGCAUUGGACAUCAUCUCCCACGCGAUUCCCAUACCGCACGAAUCGGAGGCAGGAGAGGACGCCCUCAAUACGACGACGAGAGCUUUAUACACUUCCACACGGCCCAUAUCAGCCGGCAGCCAAAGAAGCUGCGAGACCGACAGAUUGGAUAUCUCAUCCAUGCGCACUGCUGGAUCUUGCUCGCCCAUGCGUUCAACUGUCGCCCGUCUGCUCUGGAAUCCCGCUCAGUCCAGCUGGUCACGGCGGCCCGGAAAUACUGGCGAAACCAUCCCGCUGCAUGGGCCAUGGAAGACGAGGCUCUAUACACGCAUACCCCGGCUCGGCGGCUGUACAGUCGUCCAUCCCGACGGCUUCACGGCUGCGAUAUCUACCAGAACCCGCUGGUGGUGCCUGAGGUGGCCAACAUCAUCGCAUGUGGAGAGAAGAAGAAGGAAAAGAAGAAAAGAAAAGAUGAUGAUCCUUAUAUCGGACCGUCACUUCCAUUAGAGGUGGCAAUCCUGAUUGCAGAACAGAUCUGUCCGGUUGAAUACACUGCAGAGGAGGUAACGAGUCUGAGAGCAAUGCUGGAUGCCUUCCAGUGGGUGCUCCCCGAGUGGUUCUGGGAGCAGCGAUGCAGUCAUGAUCUGUUCUUUGAGAUGAAGGCAGACAGCCAAUUCCAUUGGGAGACGAGGCUGGAUUUGAUGCAUCUGUAUGCAUCUAGUGACUGUUUAGCGAAUCGAGAACGGGUGCUGAGUGUGAUGAAGGGCAUCAAGCAGCUUUUAAGAAAUUAG